UUGGCGCGAAGAACGCGUAGGAGAGAGUGCAUGUGCAAACCCGUGUGUGAAUACUAAUCACUAGCGGCCUUUUCACGAAGUAUGGCCAAACAGGCGACGCUAUUUACAUUCUUUUCGAAGUCAAAUACUCCAAAUAAGCCCAAGCGCGAGGAGACAACGCCGAACAAAGUCAAAUUGAAGGGGAAUGAUUUCAAGGCCUUGGACUUGGUAUGGGCAAAGCUUGAUGGCUACCCAUGGUGGCCAGGCCUCGUGUGUGACAGUCCCAGUGAAAAGACCUUCAUGCGCAAGGGCCAGAUUCAUGUCCAAUUUUUUGAUAAUCCACCUACUCGAGGAUGGGUCAGAGAAGCGUUUUUGAAACCCUAUUGCCCACCUGGAGAGAAUGGUAUUCCUACCUACAAGGAUCCCAAGUGGGUCAGAGCCGUUGGGGAAGCAGAUGGUGCCAAGGAACUCCCCGUGGAGGACCGCAACCUUCUGAUUGUGGAAAUGGUGCCGUCUGAUGAGGAGGAUGAGGCAAUGGAAACAGAUGAGGAUGAUAGUGACAAGAGCAAGGAGAAUGUUGAUGCCAAUAUUAGUGGAAAGAAAGGAACCAGAAAGAAGAGCAAGGGAUCAGAUGAAGAAGAACCAAAAAAGAAAAGGAGGAGAAUUAUUUUACAUUCUGAAAGUGAAUCUGAAGAUGAUUAUAAGCCAGAAAAUGAUGUUGAGAGUGAAGAUGGUUCAGCCAGCUCUGGUGUGGAUGAAGAUGAUGUAUCAGAACCUGAGACUGAGUCUGAGAUUGAUUCUCCUGUAAAGGCACCAAGUAAUAAACGAAAACGACCUACGCCUGGAGGGCGUAGCCUGAAUUCAUCUUUGGCUUCAUCACCUUCAGUAUCCAAGGCACCAAGCAGCACACCCAAAAUUUCUCAGGGAACAAAAUCAAAAUUGUCACUCUUUGCUGCAAAAGAGACUCCAACUAAGGCAGAGGAUACUACAGAAAAUUAUGAUUACAUGAAUUAUCCAUGGCUGAAACCAGAAGGUAUUAGAGAUCGUGAUAGACGUCGACCGGAUCACCCAGACUAUAAUCCAAGAACUCUCUAUGUCCCUGAAGAUUUCUUAAACCAGCAAACUCCAGGUCUGAGGCAGUGGUGGGAACUCAAAUCUCGUCAUUAUGAUACAGUACUGUUCUUCAAGAUGGGUAAAUUUUAUGAGCUGUUUCAUAUGGAUGCUAUGAUUGGAGUCCAAGUACUUGGCUUACUUAUGAUGAAGGGCGAAAAGGCACAUUCAGGUUUCCCAGAAAUUGCUUAUGGACGAUAUUCAGCCACUUUGAUUGAGAAAGGUUACAAGGUUGCACGUAUUGAACAAACAGAAACCCCAGAUAUGAUGGAGAAAAGAUGCAAAAACAUGGGCCGUCCAACAAAGUUUGACCGUGUUGUUAAACGUGAAGUGUGCCAGAUUAGUACAAGAGGAACUCGAGUUUACAGUGUCUUGGAUGGAGAAGCCUCAGAAUCCUCAACAAAUUAUCUUCUGGCUAUUUCAGAGAAGAUAAAAACUGGGGCUGGUGAGGGUCGUGAGUUUGGUGUAGCCUUCAUUGACACCAGCAUUGGAACCUUCCAUAUUGGCCAGUUUUCAGAUGACCGCCAUGAUUCACGGUUAAGCACCCUCAUGGCUCACUAUCCACCAGCCCAGAUUCUCUAUGAACGAGGACGACUUUCACAGAAGACCCAAAAACUUGUUACAAUGUCGGUGCCUACCAAUCUGCGAGAGGCCCUGGUGCCUGAGAAAGAAUUUUGGACAGCUAGCAAAACAUUAAGUUUCUUAGCUGAUGGCACAUAUUUCAAGGAUGAGGAGGGAGGAUCUUUGCAGUGGCCUAAAGAGAUUCAGGAAAUGUUAGAUAAGAGUGAUACCUUAGGAAAAAGUCCAUCUCCAGAAUGGGAACUUGGGUUAUCUGCCUUAGGUGCUCUUGUUUGGUACCUGAUGGACUGUCGCUUAGAGGAGCAGUUGCUCACUAGGAAAAGGUUUGAAAUAUACAGUCCCCUAGAUGAAGCAGUAUCAACCAGACAAGGAAAGAAGGAGUCGGUUCCUGCGUUUAUUAGUGGGAGGCACCACAUGGUCCUGGAUGGCACAACCUUGCGGAACUUGGAAGUGUUUGAGAACAACAAUGGUGGCUUUGAAGGUACCCUCAUUGACAGACUUGACAGAUGCUCCACACCAUUUGGCAAAAGAUUAUUACGCAGCUGGUUGUGUGCUCCUUUGUGUAGUCCCUCUAGCAUAAAUAGUCGUCUUGAUGCCAUUGAAGAUUUGAGAAAUAACCCAGAAGUUUUAGAAGAAGUAACACCACAGUUAAAGGGCUUGCCUGAUCUGGAGAGAAUCUUAUCCAAAAUUCACUCUCAAGGUCUGAAACGUAGCAAGAAUCAUCCAGAUAGCAGAGCAAUUUUCUUUGAAGAUGAAAAAUACAACAAGAGAAAGGUGGAAGACUUUCUUGCUGCUCUUAAUGGAUUUAAAGCAACUAUGCAAAUCAUGAAGACUUUUAAAGGGAUUACAAGCUCUUUGCAGUCAGACCUACUGAAGAAAUGUGUCAGUAGUACAAAAGAUGGCGGAAAAUUCCCAGAGCUCAAAGAAGCUUUGGAAUUCUUUGAAAAUGCAUUUGAUCAUCAUGAAGCCAAACGGGAAGGAAAGAUCAUCCCAAGCAAAGGUGUGGAUAAAGAAUUUGAUGAAGCGGCAGAACAAAUACAGGAAACUAAAGAUAGUUUAUCAGAAUACCUCAAAGAGCAGUGUAAAUAUUUUGGUGCAAAG